AUGGAGGAGAGGAAGUUUGUGUGCAAGUAUUGUAGCAAGAGGUUUCCUUGUGGGAAGUCUCUGGGUGGUCACAUCAGGACUCAUAUGAGUGAAGAAAGAAGUAAUGUUGAUUGUGAUAUGCUCAAGUUGGAUGGUGGAAGGAAGAGGAAUAAGAGAGAUUUAUGGUCUGAAGAUGGUGGUGGGAACUCCAUUUAUGGCCUCAGAGAGAACCCCAAGAAAACAAUGAGGUUUGUGCAUCGUACAACAUUGGAACAUGAAGAGAAGUUCUGCAAAGAAUGUGGGAAAGGUUUCCCAUCAUUGAAAGCUCUCUGUGGUCACAUGGCUUGUCAUUCAGAGAAAGAAAAGGGAAACAACAAGUUUGAAGAGAGUGAGAAGCAGAAAUUGGUUAUGGAUAGUCAAUCUGAUACUGAGACUUGUGCUCCAACACAUCCAAGGAAAUCCAAGAGAACCAGGUUCAAGACCCUUGCCCUUGCCAAUCACCCUUCUUCUUCUUCUUCUUCUGUUGUUCCUUUGGCCAAUGGUUCUGGUUCUUCACCUGUGUCAGAGGUUGAACAGGAGCAAGAGGAGGUGGCUAGGUGUUUGAUGAUGUUGUCCAAAGAUUCUAGCCACAGGGGUCGUUUUGCUACUGUUACUGAGUCUUCUGAUAACAACUCGUUUGUUCUAGAGGCAAAAUCACCCUCUCUUGAUACGAGGGUUGCUGUGAGUAAUGGUAACAACUUUUUGUUUAAUGCUUAUGAGCUUGUGGAGAAGAAGCUGGUCAAGGACAUGAAGUUGAAAUCUGCUGAGAUUGGUGCUUGUGAUAAUUCAGAUUCUAGAUAUUUCAGAUAUGGUCCCAAAACUAAAAUGUUAGACUCAGACGUUACAAGUGAUAAAUUCAAGGGGGUGAAGGUGGGAGAAAAGUCUCGGAUAGAGGAUUAUGAUGUUGAAUCGAGGAAAAUACUUAGCAGAGGCAGAAGCAAAUCCACUGCAACUGUGUUUAAGAAAUUAGUGAUGGAGGAUUCUAGCAAGUCGACAUCAAAUGGUUUUACCAAUGAUGAAAUCUAUGAGAAUGGUAGGAAAAGUUGGAAGUAUGAUUGUUCGGCAGGUGAAAGGGACAAUAGCUCUCAUGAUUCAACCGAUGCGAGUGAUGAAAACAGUUCAGAUACUGAUUCUUUUUCUGCUCCCAACUCUCGUAAGAAUAAGGCUCUCAAUGGAAAGAAAUCCAGCAAUAAGGCCAAGAAGAAGUUGAAGUCAAAGAAAAGCAAGGAACAUGAGUGCCCAAUCUGCUACAAAACUUUCAGGUCAGGCCAAGCCUUAGGAGGUCAUAAAAGAUCCCAUUUCAUUGGAGGUUCUGAAGAAAACACCAAGGUGAUCAAACAAGGUGCUCCUGCUGUUCCUUGUCUGAUUGAUCUCAAUCUACCUGCUCCUGUUGAUGAAUAA